AUGCUAGGGAAUACCGUUCGUGACUCCACGACAAAUUUUCCACUGAUAGACGCCAACGGCAACCGUUUCGACUCAGCCAGCACCACGCAUUCAUAUACAAAAAUGGAGGAUAUCAGAGGGCCGCCAGGCCGCCAUAAGAGCAUGUCAAUGUUGCUCGUAUCUUCGUAUGCCUUCGACUGGGUGAUAUUACUGGUUGUCGCCGGCAUUGGCGGCUGGCUUGGGAUUAUGUCGCCCAACCACCGCCCGUUUCAACUCGAGAAUCACAACAUCUCAUUCCCUUUCACAGAAAAGGAAACCGUGCCUAUGGUUUUGGCGGCGAUACUGAACACGGGCUUACCGAUCGUUAUUGUUACUUUCAUCGCUCUCGUCUUUGUUCCCGGCUCGACUGUACCACCUGGAACCCCCAAGAGCCUGAUAUGGAGGAGGAAACUAUGGGAGCUUCACACCGGCUUGCUGGGCCUGGCUUUGUCGGUGGUGGGCGCCUGGUUCGUGACCAACGCCAUGAAGAACAUGUUCGGAAAGCCACGCCCCGAUUUGAUUGCCCGCUGCCAGCCCGACCUCGAGAACGUCGCCAAGUAUGUCGUUGGAGGCAUUGCCAACACUACUAGCAACGGCCAGCUCGUUAGCCACAAGAUAUGCCAGAACCCAGACGCCGCGCAGCUUGAGGACGGCUUCCGAUCUUUCCCAAGCGGACACGCGUCCUCCUCAUCGGCAGGCCUGCUGUACCUGUCGCUCUUUAUAGCUUCUAAGUUCGCGAUCACCAUUCCAUUCCUCGCGCCCAGCAGUUACUCGAAUGUGAGCUCAUUCAGUGCCUUCCCGUCCCGCAUCCAACGUACCGGCGCCGGCUCAGAGAGCUAUGAGAUGGUCGACCGCUCGAAUGGCGGCUCGCCCUCCGACGAUAUCUCCCGUCCCAAUGACCCAAGCGCGGCCAGACGUCUGGCUUCGCAUUCGCGUGCCGUCGCUGCUGUCCGUCUUCAGGCCGCUGCGCCCCCGCUUUACCUGCUCUUGAUCGCGUGCCUUCCCACCUUUGGUGCCAUCUUUAUCGCUGGAUCUCGCUGGUUCGACUACCGCCAUCACGCCUUCGAUAUUAUCACCGGCUUCCUCAUUGGCGUUAUAACGGCCGUAUUCGCCUUCCGCUACUACCACCUGCCUAUUCGCCAAGGUGCCGGCUGGGCGUGGGGACCUAGAAGCCAGGAUAAGGCCUACUGGGCUGGAGUCGGGAGCUAUAGCUACGCGACUAGUAAGAAUGAUUGGGCACGUGCUGGUGAAGAGGAUGAGGCCAGCGUGGAGGCUACUGCCCAGGCGACGGACUACGAGAGCGUGAGGCGCCAGCACAUUGGUGUUGCUUCCAGUGUAAACAACGGCCCCGUUAAAAGAGCUUACGACAACACAAGUAUAAACUCGUCCAGACCAUCACCGCCUAACGCGAAUCAGUUCGAUUUUACCAACAGGGUCUAG